UCACAUUGCAGCAGGAAACUUUCACUGUGCAUAUUGCCUUGGCAGUGAUCGUAUAAGAUAUUUUUAUAGUGGGCAGUUAAAUCAGGAUAUAUAUUGGGUCAAAUAUUGUGUUGACGGAAAUGGCUACAAAGGCGUUUAAGAAAAUGAUAGGCGGGCAGAAGAUGCCUGCAAUUGGUUUGGGGACUUGGAUGUCCACAGAUGAACAAGAAUUAGAAGAUGCUCUGAACGCCGCAUUAGAUGCUGGAUACCGCCACUUUGACACCGCUACCGUAUAUGGAAAUGAAGCCAUCAUCGGUAAAGUUCUAAAUAAAUGGUUUUCUUCUGGAAAAAUUAAGCGAGAGGACCUAUUCAUUACAACCAAAUUGCCCUUAUGUGGAGGACACCCCGAUAGAGUAGAAAUGUUUAUUAAACAGUCACUUGAAGAUUUAAAACUGGAUUAUUUGGACUUAUAUUUGAUCCAUUUUCCAGUUACUAGUAAUUAUGUCGGCGUUCCUGUUACACCACCAGAUCAAUUUAAAUUGGAACCUGUGGAUCAUCUUUCACUUUGGCAGAAAAUGGAAGAACAAGUCGACGCAGGUAGAACGAAGUCCAUAGGAGUCUCAAACUUUACUCAGAAACAGAUAGAAAGAAUUUUAAAAUCGUGCAGAAUCCAACCAUCCUGUCUACAGGUCGAACUUCACGUAUAUCUUCAACAAAAGGAUUUGGUGAAUUUCGCCCUCAAAAAAGAUAUGGUGGUCGUUGGCUAUUCACCUUUGGGAAAUCCUGGAUAUAACAAGUUUUUAGCUAGUUUGGGCGUAGAUGGAAAAGAGCUACCAAAUUUACUGCAACACCCCGUUGUUAAAGGGUUGGCCGAAAAAUACAGUAAAUCUACUGGACAAAUUUUGAUACGAUUCCUUAUUGAAAGAGGCAUUGUGCCAAUACCAAAAAGUGUUAAUCCAAAGAGAGUAAUCGAGAACAUUAACGUUUUUGAUUUUAAUCUUGAAAACGAUGAUAUGAAACAACUGGAAAAUUUGGAUGUAGGCGAAGAAGCUCGUGUUUGUGAUUUUGGAUUCUUCCCAUUAUUGAAGGAAAGCCCGGAAUUUCCCUUUGGCAAAUAAAAGAAAACUUAUAGUUAGUUAGGUUAUGUUUUAAGUUUAAAUAUUUGUUAUAUGUUCAAUAAAAAUUAAUAAUAUUA